GCUGACGUGUAGGUAGGAGGUGUCUUCUUGUCUUCCAGAGGAUUCAGCAGCUAGCUGUCAGCUUGUCUCUUUGUUUAUUCUUUCGUUUCGCACUUUGCAAUGGAAUUAUCACCUUUAUACUACUGAGCUGAGGAAGUAAGAGCAGAAAAAAAGUCCGAGAUAUUGCACAGGUUUAGGUUGGUGCUCACGUUUUAUGAAGAGCUCUCCAUUACCAACUUCACCAAUAUGGGGAGACGGAAGGUGCCAGAUUUGUACAGAGCCCCAUUCCCCCUCUACACCGUCAAGGUGGACCCCAAAUCGGGCCUGGUGAUCACUGCAGGUGGAGGUGGGGCAUCCAAAACUGGGAUUAAAAAUGCAGUGCAUUUUCUUGGCCUGGAGUUGGUGGGAGAGCACCAGUACAGUGCCACUCUGCUGCAUGCUCAUGACACGGAAACCCGCGCAACAAUGAACCUGGCGAUCGCCGAUGGAGUUAUCGCCGCAGGGCAGGACGGCAAUUGUAGCAUGAUGCGAUUUAAACAACGCCAGUCAAAUGAGGGACGAAAAGCGUCUUCCAGCGAAGCGGCCUCUGGCGGGCAGCAGGGGAAGGCCCGGCGACGAACGGGGAAAGGCGACCAGGCGGCUAAAGACGGAGCAGAAGAGGCAGGGGGCAUAGGCGCCUCCGACACUACGGACGAGACCACGCAGGUAUCCGUGGAAACCGUCGGGGAAGUGCAGUCGGACCUCAACCCUGUGGACCCGCUGCAGAAGGUGGUGAGGUUCAGCUCGGACCUGAGCCUGCUCAUGACGGGCGGCACGGACGGCCACAUCCGGGUUUGGGAGUACCCCUCCUUGAAGAAGAAGUUUGACUUCAAAGCACAUGAAGGAGAAAUUGAAGACUUGGACUUGAGUCCCGGGAAUGAGCACCUCGUCAGUGUGGGCAGGGACUUUGUGUGCAGCGUGUGGAGCGGAAAUCAGCUGGCCAUGGGUCUCCGGUGGCAAGACACCAUGCCUCAGGUGGCCGACAAGGCGUAUCGCUACAUGGCUUGCAGGUUUGGCAGGGUAGAGGACCAACCCACUGCCCUACGGCUGUAUACGGUUCAGAUCCCCCACAAACGAGACCGGAAGCCUCCCCCUUGCUAUCUCACAAAGUGGGACGGCAAGAGCUUCCUGCCCAUGCUGACGGCAGUCUGUGGCACUGAGGUCAUCUCCAGCAUGGCUGUCAGUGACUCUGGAACCUUCAUCGGCCUGGGAACUGUGACGGGAUCUGUAGCGAUCUACAUUGCGUUCUCCCUACGGAAGCUGUACUACGUAGAGGAGUCCCACGGCAUCGUUGUGACGGACGUAGCAUUCCUGCCCAACUCGUUGAAGGGGAACGCCCUCAAAGGCAGCAACCACGAAGCGGCCAUGUUGAGCGUAGCCGUCGACAGCAGGUGUCAGCUGCACACCGUUCGCAACAGAAGAUCCUUCCCCAUAUGGCUGGUGCUGGGCUUCUGUGCCGUGAUGGUGGUGGCGGUGAUUCUGCUGCUUCAGUCGCUCUUCCCUGGCUUCAUGUGAAUCCCUCUGAGCACUAGAGAGCGGGCAAGCCUCGGGGGGGGGGGGGGGGGGGCCGUCGUCGUAAAUCACUGAACCCUCCGCUGGGGCCGCACAGCCAUGGGAGAUUGGGCUGUGCAUCGUCCUCUCCCUACCUCACAGUGGGGUUGGGGCGGGGGGUGAACCAUAACCACCAGGGCACUCGUUUUUUAAUUUGACAUCUGCUGCUCCCCCACCGCAAAACAUCUCAAAGCCUAACGAUGACUGUUCAAGUCGCUCUCAGAAGCCUGUGACGUCACCGCCUCCCACUGUUCCGUGGGUCUCAUCUCAUGACUUGUCCUCCUCCUCCUUUGUGAACGACUUGUACUCGUAUGGGUGAGAGGCUUGAUUCCAUUUUUGUUUUCUUUUUGGGGAUAGGUCGGGGCUCGUGGUGAGAGGGGGGGUCCAGCUUCCAGUCAUUUAUAAUUAAUGUGCAGAUUGGGGCUUUUUUAAAUAAGAUAUUUAAAGAAUAAUGUAAAGAUAUAUAAAUAUUCUUGAAAAUAGA